ACGACAUCCGUAUCCAAAGACCGCCGCUCCUUGAUCGUCGCUGACCCCUUGGUACCGCGUCUGACAGAUUGCUACAAUUCUCUCGGCUUUUCCGCGGUGGAUGGUUGAAGAUGCCGGCCCUGUUGGAGGACCCAGAAUCCCCUGUAGUCUAUCGGGCGUCUGGACCGGAUCCGUACCCGACCGCCAUCAAUCCCCAGAUACCUUCAUCGAUUUUUCCCAGGCCUGUCACGCUUCGCGACCGUGUCACCGUUGCCACGCUCAUACCGUUCUUCUCUCCUCGUGCUGUCCCAAAGAGACUACUCGCAUAUCUUUCGGAGCAGCUCAAUAAGGAAAUUCUGGGUGGGGACACGUAUCCGAUGAUCGAUCCGCUACCUCUGGAUGUCUUUGGGCCCUAUUGGUUUGGUAAUUUUGGUGCUGUCAUGAUCCUCGGUAACAUUGGAGGCAUUGAAGACGUAUCCGCCAUGGAUCGGGAGGGUGUGGACUGGAACAAAAAGUGCUUAGGCAGCUUUUACAUCAAGCCCAAUUAUCCUGGUCGAAGCAGCCAUGUCUGCAAUGGUGGGUUUCUAGUCACUCCUGCGGCUCGUAACAAGGGCGUUGGAAAGUCGAUGGGGCAAUGCUAUCUGGAUUGGGCACCUCAGCUGGGGUAUACCUACUCGGUUUUCAACUUGGUCUACGAAACCAACACUGCUUCAACAAGGAUAUGGGACUCGCUUGGCUUCAGGAGGAUCGGAAGAGUCCCCGGUUGCGGCUAUCUAAAAUCCUCGGAAGAACCUGUUGAUGCGAUCAUCUAUGGCAAGGACCUGACAGGAGAGGGCGAGAAUGACCUCUCUGAAGAACGUUUUGACAAGAUAAGGUAUUACCUCAAACAUGAUAAAUAUCCGGAAGGAGCCGAUAGAUCGGAGAAAAGUCGACUAAGGAGUGCAGCGACUCACUAUAAACUAGUCGCCGAUGACGACGGAGGCCUGGAGCGGUUGUUUUUGAAGGAAAAAGAGGUCAUCUCUGACCCCCAAGCACAGUACGACAUCGCCCAAAAGAUCCAUCUCCAGGCUCAUGCAGGCAUCAACAAGACCACCGCCAUCAUAGCGACCCAGUAUCACUGGAUCCGGAUCAAAGAAACUGUGAGCCAUGUCAUCAAAAACUGUCCUGAAUGCAAAGGUUUCAAUAAACCUCCAAUAUUACGCUUGGAGAAUCGACCUGGCCGGAGUAGGACCAUUGAUGAGACUCCCCCUGACCUAUCGCCAUCACAAGCAGUACCACCUUCAACAGUACCAUCAACGCCGGCGGCACCAGGACAAAUAUCGCAGCCAGUACAGUCAGCACAAUCCACGGACGAGGUGCAAGACCUGCCGUCGCAGGAUCAGGAAAUCGCAACAAAUCACAUAUCCGAUCAUAUAUCCGAUCACAUAUCCGAUCACCUAUCUGAUCACAAUUUCGCGUCGAUACAGCAACCCAUGGAUUUGUCCAACGACCAUGAUCAUCUUGUCAACGACCCGGAUGGUCACCUUCAUGCGUACGACGAGAUGGCCAUUGACCCACGGAUCAUGGAACAGAUACAAGCUCAACUUGAUGUCAACUACGACCCCAACAAUCAUACAUAUGUUCCCCCCGGACUACCCACUUUCACGGACCCAUCCCAUUUGCAGACUGCCCACGAUCCGCGCGAUUUCAAUCACGCAACCUCGGACCACCAUUUCAUUCGGGACCCCAAUCCGCCAAUCUUGGGACACGACCAUGUCAUGGACGAGGGCGGUGCAAGCACCGGGCUGAAUAGUAUGCAACCCAUGCAACACGUAUUGCAGAUGGACUAUAUCGACCCGCCGAACGAGCCACAAUUCAAGCUUGAAGAGCAAUUCAAACUUGAGGAGUAAAAUGCGGAGACUGGUGUUUAGGUUUGAUCGGAUCGGGGUACGUCUUGAUGAGAAAUGCAUGCGGUCGAUAUAGACAAAUGAUCUGGGUGCUGGCAUACUCUUAUGGGAACGAGUUAGAUGACAGCAAUAUGUAGGUGGAGUACAGUCUGUGGGGAUAGAUGCGCACGCAUUCGGCAAUGAGUUGGGGCGAAGGGUUUUGGGCCAUAGAUUAGGGUGGCGAUAGACAAAAAGAACCCAAUAUUAGCUGACUACUCGUUCAAAGGGGGUCUGUG